AUGUCAAGAAGACUUAGAAAACCCCAUUUAUUCAGCAAAGAUGUUUCUGCACUAAUGUACGCGUAUGGCGACGUCUCUCAGCCACUUCCGGAGUCAGUGCAUUGUCUUGACGAACUGGUGUCAAGCUAUUUGGUAGAUAUCUGCAUGUCUGCUUACAGAACGGCCCAAACUGUUCAUAGAAACAAGAUUAAGGUUGAAGACUUCAAAUUUGUUCUGCGUAAAGACGAAGUCAAGUUGGGUAGAGCAGAGGAGCUGAUCAAGCUCAGCAAAAUUAUCACGGACGCCAAUAAGCUUUUCAAGUCGUCUGAGGGAAAAACAGCCAAGAGGGCAAGAGAUAUGGCGGAAUUUAAUGAUGAAGAUGGCGAGGACGAAGCAGAUGACGACCAUGAGAUCGAAGGUGGGGCUAAUCGGGGGGAGAAGAAAGAGGUAAGUAAGAAAAGAAGAAAAACUAAAAAAAGGGCCAAGACAUGCCAUCAGAGAACAAACCCUGAGGGUACUUGUUAUCUUGAAGCUGCAUGGAGAACGAGAAAGGUGUAUGACAACGGAGCUCCACAAAGUUGUCAUACGCUUGGUGACCUCACGAAGCCGAUUCCUCAGUUUUUAGAGGUUAUCUCUAUUCUUCUCACACUGAGCAAAGAGCUCUCAUGGAAGUUAUUACGUAGCAGGCUACUACAUGGCGUUGUGUACGAGCUUGAGCGUGAAUCCACGUCUGGGAUCUUAGACGACUACUGGCGAAUGAAGGUACUCAGCAAUUUUGAUUUCGAAGCCCAUCGUACCCCUCGUAGAGAACACCGGUGGUUCUCUGCUUGA